UGUCUUGUCUAUGUAAAAAGAAACUGUAAAUAUGUCAAAAAAUUGCUUUCAUAAAUAUUAACCCUAAAAAUACCUACCUGGGCUCUAUCAAGGACACCCUUGCACCUUCUCUAUACUAUGGUAUACUAUGGUAAACAUACCGGCAUUAGUAACAUUGUAAAUUCAUAUUUUUAUCAAAGCUUUUGAAACCAAAAAGUAAUGUUUUGUUUUCUUGUAGAAUCCAAAAUGGUCGUUAUGGAAAAAACUAAAACCAAGAAAUUUUCUCCAAAAUUUGAAGAAGCUCCGCCGAAGAAAGUUAAGAAGAUGAAGAAGAACACCGAUGUGGAAGAUAACAGCUCUAAGAAGAAGAAGAUCAAGGGAGAAGAGGGUGAGAAGAAGAAGAAGUUGAAAUUUAACGAUAAUGUCGACGUGAAAGAAAUCAAAGGAGAAUGGAAGAAGAAGAAAGAGAUGAAGGAAGAGAAGAAGAAGACUGGAAAAGUGAAUUUCGACGGAAAGAAUCCUAAAUCUAAGUUUAAGGAGCCUGUCGAGUUGUUGAACAAGAAGGAGACAAGAGAGAAACAAAAAAAGGUUAAAGAGACAAGAAAGAAGUUUAAACAAGAAGAUGUUUUUGAUAUUGGAGUUCAGGCCAAAAAAGUGUGGGAGGAGGUACGUAGAGAAGACUGCCCUGAGUCUAAGAAAGAGUCUCUGGUGAAUCAGCUUCAUUCAUUGGUGAAAGGAAAUAUUAAGAAAAUUAUAUUUGCUCACGACACAGUUCGUGUAGUGGAGUGCCUGAUGGCUCUAGGAUCCUCAGAUAUCAGAGAUAAACUGUUUUUGGAGCUUAAGGAUGAUAUUCUUGAGAUGGCCAAGUCCAAGUACGCACACUUCUUUGUGCAGAAGAUGCUCCGCUACGGUAGCAAGGACCAGAAGAAUCAGAUCGUGAAAGUAGUGGAGGGACAGAUUGCCAAGCUGAUGAAGAAUAAGACGGCGGGUCACGUGAUUGAGAUAAUUUAUAAUGAUAUUGCUUCAGCUCCGCAGAGAAAUUCAAUGUUACAAGAAUUUCUAGAUCAUGGAUUCAUUCAUUUUAAGGAACCUGAGCUAAGAACAGUUCCUGAGAUUAUUGCCAAGUAUCCACUUCGUAAAGCAGACUGUAUUCAGAAUUUACAGAGAAAUGUCGAGGUUUUAAUUCGUAAAGGUGCAUUUAACCAUUCCCUGGUUCAUACCGUGAUAUACAACUACCUUCUAGUAGCUGAUAAUAAACAGCGUGCAGAGACAAUAGAACAGCUUAGGGAGGCACUCGUUCAUAUGGCACAUAGCAGGGAAGGAGCGUACACUGCCCUAAACUGUUUAUGGCACGGAACAACAAAGGACAGGAAAGCUAUCAUCAAAAGUUUCAAGACCUUUAUGUUGAAGACUGCACAAGAAGAAUACGGUCACAUGGUUCUGAUGGGAAUAUUUGACUGUGUCGAUGAUACUAAAUUUGUUGGUAAAGCUGUCAUUUCUGAGCUUACAGAGAAUAUGGAGGAAAUGAUGACAAACAAAUAUUGCGUCAGGGUUCUGAAAUAUCUGUUUUCUGGCCGAAGUCCCACAUAUGUCAAUAAAGACAUGAUCACUAUACUGGAGAAGGUAAUUUUGUUAAAUGUUUAUCCUCUCCAUGUCUUAGUGCCCGGGGUUUGGGGGGUAAUUAAUUAAUUUUACUAUUUUUAG